AUGGAAGAAAGGCGGUCCUUGGAUGUAUGUUCCUUUGCAUAUCAAAGAAUAAUAAUGUAUUGCCAGCAGGCAGAAACGUCUACAAAAUUGGGGACAGCUGAAUCUCCAAACAGACCGUUCGUUACUUUGCGACUGGUUGCGGCAACUUCAUCCCUUCAACCAACUCUUAUUUUACAAUUUUACGGAAAAAAGGACAGGGACCCGUUCCCAACAGGUACCACCGACAUUCCUCCGGGCAUUAUCAUCGUGAUCCACUCAUUGUUCAAAGUGAUAGCCAUCACUGCAGCGCAUGCUGCAUUUGCUGCAUGA